AUGUCUCCCGUCGGAACCCGCGGAGACCGCGCGCCCGGUGAUGUUCUCCUGAUCCAUGAACACGCGGACGAAUCGCACAGUUUUGUGUACUUUCCUGUUCCUUCGGACGAUCCCAACGACCCUCUUAACUGGAGCUUGUGGCGCAAGACGCUGAACUAUGGGCUGGUGUCUGCGCAGAGCGUUGCCGUCUUCACGGCUUUAUCGACUCAGACAAGCUUUUGGCAGCAGAUGUCGCCCGAUAUGGGCCUCAGUUUCGAGCAGCUCAACAACGCCCAAUCGGCAAAUCUGGCUGGCUUGGCGGUGGGAUGUAUCUUCUUCAUCCCUUUGACCAAGAAGUAUGGCCGUCGCUCGACUUACGUGGUGUCGACCGCAGUCAUGGCUGCCGUGUCUUGGUGGUCGACUUACAUGGAAACACAGGCGGAACUUAUCCUAACGAAUCUGUUCUACGGAUUGGCAGGUGCGACGAACGAGACUAUCGUGCAAGUGACGAUAGCGGAUAUGUUUUUCCUCCACCAGAGGGGCACAGCGAAUGCUUUUUAUCUCACCGCAGUCAUGAUUGGUAGCUUCUUGACUCCCAUGGCGGCAGGUGUUCAAGCCGAGUCUCAGGGGUGGAGAGCUUCAUAUUUUGCCUUGGCCAUUUCUCUGACGAUCCUGUUCGUGCUCUUCCUGUUCGGGUACGAAGAGACGAAGUAUGUUCCCGUCCUACAAGGCAUCCCUACGACCACUUCCGGGGAAACAGAGAGCCCACCGUAUAAAAACGACGACACCAAAAACCCUGCCGACACGACCACCCUAUCCUUCAACGAAUCAACCAGCAACCCAUCUACCUCCACCACCCCGCAGCCAUCCUCCUACCGCCACCGUCUCCGCUGGACCACGCCCACCUCCGAAAGUCUCUGGAAGACGGCCUACUUCCCAGCGCACGUCCUGCUGCUGCCGCACGUCCUCUUCGCAGCGCUGCAGUACGCAGCGGGCGUCGUGUGGCUGGUGAUCCAGGCCUCCAUUAUCUCCAUCGUGUUCUCGGCGCCGCCGUACAACUUCACGUCGGCCGGCAUCGGCCUGAUGAAUCUCGGGCCCUUCGUCGGCAACCUGAUCGGCAGCUUUUACACGGGCGUGCUGAGCGACCGCUCCGUGCGCUGGCUGGCCCGCCGCAACGCCGGCGUCUUCGAGCCCGAGAUGCGGCUGUACCUGCUGCCGCUGCCCGCGCUGCUGAUGGCGGGGGGGAUUGUCAUGUUUGGCGUGACGGCUGACCGUGGCAUGCACUGGAUCUACCCCUCCCUCGGCGGCGCCUUUUUCGCCUUCGGCCUCGGCGCCAUCGGCGACGCCGCCUUCACGCUCGUCAUCGACGCGCACCGGCCCCUGACGGCCGACGCCUUCGUCGCCAUCACCUUCGUCCGCAACGCCGUCAGCAUCCCCAUCCCCUUCGCCAUCACGCCGUGGCUGGAGAGCGCCGGGCUGACGAACAUGUUCGUCACUUGCGGCGUGAUUUCGUUGGUGGUGAGUUUGUUGUUCGUGCCGGUGGUGGUGUGGGGGCGGAGGUGGAGGGUCAGGUUGGCGGGGAGGUGUGAGGGGUUGGUGGGGAGGCAGCAGGGGAGUUAG